CAAAAACACACUAGAAAUGCGAAAAUAUUAACAUAAGUCACCUUAAUCUUACCUAGUUAAUAUCAUAAAUGAUGUCACAUCUAAAUAAAUACCCAACCUGCGUUAUUAAAAUCGUGCGCAUUAUCUAGACAAACAAUAUGGGUCGCAUAAAGUGGAAAUUUGACGGCCUGUUCAGAAUUGCAGCAAGUGUUUAAGUGUCCCAAAUUACAGUAUGGAUCGAGAGGAAUACACCUCCGAUGAGGGUAACUACUCCAGUUUAUCCUCAGCAUCUGGAUUUUCCACAUUUGAAGAUGAAACAGACUUCAGAGGCAGCCAACUUGGCUCCACUGAUGCAGAAAAACACCUUUUACUACAACUUGACAACUGCAAACAGAAUAUUUGGAGAAAACAUGAUACACCAACAAAACAUACUACAAUUGAUGAGAAUUUACUGCAGAAAAUCAAUCAUGAACUUGAAGUACAGAAUUUAGCAUUAGAAAGAAACAACAUCGAAUGGAAAUUGAAGUUUGAAGCAUUACAAAAAGAAAUUGAUAGAUUGAAUGGUGACAAGGAGUGUAGAGAAAGUUGUAUUUUACAAUUAAAGAAUAAGAUUGCUGAACAACAGGAGAAUAUUCAUGAGUUGACACAGCAAAACUUUAAAUUUAAUAUCAAUGUUUCUACGUUAAAUAAUGAACUUACCACUACAAAAGGAACAGUUGAUUGGUAUAAAAAUGAAUGGACAAACACAAAUAAUGAAAGGAAUGUGUUACAGAAAGAGUUAUAUUUACUAAAGAAUAGUUUAAGGAACAAAAAGUUAGAGAUAACAAGAUUGGAAGCUCAAUUAGAAGCAUCUUUACAAGAUGUUAAACAUUUUACCAAUAAAACCACAGAGAAAUUGAUUCAACAACCGGUUAUAUUAGUUGAAACAAAAGAAAACCAAGAAAAACCAACUACAAGUGAUAAAGAAGCAGAAAUUAACACUAAGUAUUAUUUGGCUGAGAUUGAAGACCUUUCAAAGGAAAUUUCUACAGUGAGAAAAUCCCUGUCACAACAAACUGAAGUAUUAUCACAAUUAUUAAAAGACAAAACUGAAUUAGUCAAGGAACAUACAGUAUUACAAAGAGAAUUUGAUAAUGAAAAAGUAAUUCGGUUUUCGUGCGAGGAAAAAAUUAAGAAAUUGCAUGAAACAAAUGAGUAUUAUUUGGAAACUAUUAAGAGAAAAGAUCGAAAUGCUUUAGAACUAAAAACUGAGAAAAGUAAAUUAAAAAUUGAACUUCAAGCAUCAAUAAAAGAGAAGUUAUUGAUCCAGGAAACAAUUAAUUCAACGCGGAAUAAGUUUCAUAAGUUGGUUACGCUUCAGGAUGAACUUAAAGAAGAAUUAAAAGUGAAGGAUAAAAUGAUAUUAACGCUGGAAAAGAAAAUCCAAGAUUCUUUUAUGUACGAAAAUUGGAACAAGUGUGCUAUAGAAGAGUUUGCCAUCAAGGAAGAAAAUUAUACCAAACAGAUUAAAACUUUAGAAGGAAAAGUUGAAGAUAGUGAAAAAUUAAAGUUAGAAAUUGAAGAGAUUAAGAAAUAUUGUAAAAGUGUCAUGGCUGAGAAAGAAAAAGUUGUUAGUGAUUGUAAAUUACAUGAACAACUUGAAUUACGAUGUGUAAAUAUGGCAUUGAAAAACGCUAAUGCUGAAGAUUUAAUCACCAAAUUACAAGAAGAAAUUAAAACACUUCUUGAUGCACUGCACAUUAAACAAGUCCAAAUGAAUGAUAAACAAACGAGAUAUGAAUCACAUUAUCGCACAUUAUUGAAGCAAGUAAAACAAUUCAAACGCGAUGCAAAUGUUACUCACAUUGAGAAUAUGCAAUUGAAGAAUCAACAACAAAACAUGAUUGAGGAACUUAACACUAAAAAACUACAACUGUUUCAAUCACAAAUUGAUUUAGACAGUGCAACUAAUCGUAUUAAGAAUAACAGCGAGCGUAUUAGUUGUUUACAGAGUGUUUUAAAAGACAAGGAAGAUAUUUUAAAGGAGGAACGUGUUAUUUGUGAUGAGUUACGAAAUAAUUACGAAUUAUUAGUUUCGACGCACUCGAAAUGUUUGAGUACCAUUGAGACAACAAAGAAAAUGGAGCAGGAAAAGCUUGACAAUGACAAGAUUGCAAACUGCACAAUAGUAAACACUCAACAUGCACUAAUCGAAAAACUUGAAAACGAAAAAUCGAACGCGCUUAUAAUAAUAAAAUCCUUAGAAGGACUUAAUCAGAAAGAGAAAGCACAAGUUCAAGACUUACUUAGAGAGAAGCUGUUUCUUCAGAGACUGGUGGUUGACAUGAAAGCAGCUUUGAAUGCUCAUGCUGCAAAACAGAAAUACAAUAUGAGGAAGCCAUUAGUUGUGCCACUUGAUCUAACUAAGUAUUCCUGUCCAAUUUUAGCGAAUGAAAGAGAAAUUUUAACUUUAUGUGAAAGCAAAGGAAAAACUUCAAUUAACCUUAAAGAAAGUGUGCUUGGUCUGCAGAAGGAAAUGACCAAUAUGAAAUGCCAACUAAAAGAUGUGAAACACAUCGAAUAAGUUAAUUAUUGUGAAUUUAUGUGGAUUAUUUAUUUUGGUGCUACAUAUGUUUUAUAUUUAUGUAGGUGCUUUUAUUAUGGGUGAUUGACUUUAGCUUUACCAAUGAAAUGAUUCCAAAAACUGCUGAUUGUAAAGUGUAUUAUAGAUGAAUUAUUGGUUUUACUCAAUAUUAAAGAACAUCUUAUGUGA